GAGGCACAGGCACAGAGAAAGAGUUUUUUUCUCUCUCUGUCUACAGACAAUCUGCUGCACCACGAGAGAAAAGGGAGGGAGCACACGGCCUUUUUUUUGUGUAGGUGGUCUGGCUAGUAGCUGUGUGUCUGUAGUGUUGUUGGUGUAAACCUCCGUUUUUGUAGAAAACUGGACAUUUACGUAGUUCGCCAUGUCCGAGGAGAUUGAAGGAACAAGGCCUGCCGUCGGGGAGGCAACCCACGAGGAACAGCAGGAGAUGGAUGACACAGUCCUCAGCCCGGAGAAGGCAGAGGAGGUGAAACUCAAGGCCAGGUUCCCUCAUCUUGGAGCCAAGCCUGGGGGCUCUGACCUGCUCCGGAAACGGAUUCAGAAAGGGCAAAAGUUCUUUGACUCUGGGGACUACAACAUGGCCAAGGCUAAGGUGAAGAACAAGCAGCAGCUCCCUGCAGUGACGCCGGCUGAGAAGGCAGAGAUAACCGGGGACCACAUCCCCACACCCCAGGACAUCCCCCAGAGGAAGCCCUCCAUCGUGGCCAGCAAACUGGCUGGCUGAGGGGCUGAUGGAAACAGGGAAGCUUUGGAAAUUUGACUUGUUUUGUUCUGGUGUUAUCAUUCCAUCGCUCUCUCUCUCUCCUCUCUCUCAUGCCAGUCCCAAUUCAAUCCCUACUUCCUUUACCUCUUGGCCCUAACCCUUCAAUGUUUGAUAUAUCUUGCUGUGGCUUCCACCACAGUACCUACACCUUACAGAUUUGCAAACAUUGAAUGGUUAGGGCCAGAGGGAACGGGCAGAGAGGUAAUUCAGAUCAGUGCAUUCUCUCUCCCUCCAUCUCUCUUCUUUCCUAGACAGCUGUCUUCUGCCCCCCAAUUUUUUCCCUCACCAUCACCACCAUCUCUAUAUGAAUUCUGAAAAAUAAUAUUUUUGAGAAUCAAGCAGAAAGACUCCUGAGAAAUAUUGCUGCCAGAGGAUGACUGUCUUCGGAUACUGACUGAAAAAAUUGGUUUAAAGGGACACGUUUUUUGCAAAGUCUAGUUCAAAGUGGCCUGUAUCUACUGUAGUGACUUAUGUAAACUGUACAUAGCCUAUCACCAUGUAUGGGAGAGGCCAGGUCAAUAUCUUAGACAUGUUUUACCUUCCAUGGCCUCCAUUGACAUUUUAAAUUGUGAGGUAAUAUUCUAGAACCAACCGAUGAGAAUUCUUGAUCACUCUUAGAAUCCUGUUCUGGUUCCAGAUCUAUUUCUGUUUGUCUGGAUAGCUUCUUGACCUUACAGUCAUUGUCUAGACAACACAAACCGUUCUGGUACCAUCAGUCUUAAUGCCCUCCUCCACUGUCCAAAAGCUAUGCUGUUUGUUUUGAUGCAUUGAUUGAAAAUAGCCUGUAUCGCACAGUAGCUGUCAUGUAUAUUAUGAAUCUCAUCUGAACCUCUUAAAUGUCCUUUAACAGUUUAUGAGCCUCUGUUUUCUCUUGGGCAAUAUUUGCUCACUCACUCCAGUGAGAGAAUCUCUGCUUGUCUGAUAUGGAUCCCUAUAUAGUGCACUCCCUGUGAGGCUCUGGUCAAAUGUAGUGGACUAGGGGUUAGGAUGCCAUUUCUGAUGACAUAGCCUCUGUGAAUCUAGCCUAGGAAUGCCUGCCUGCCUCUAUAUCUGAGACUCAGGUAAAUUAGGUUUAGUAGUCGAGCAACUCGCUUUAAAUGAAGUGUCAGUUUGAACGGUGUGCAUGUGCAUUGACUGUGUGCAGUCACGUUGUGCCAUUUGUAAAUAAAAUAGUUUUGCACAAUA